CAGAGUGAGAGUGCCAUAUAUAUAGAGAGAAGGGGAAACUCGGCUCGGCACUCCAAAGUACACAGCCUCCGCGAUUGCAGUGGUGUGCUUUCUUACGGUUCCUGCCACCGUCGCCGCCUGAUAUCCAUUCCUCGCCGCGGCCUCGCGCCCAGUGGUUAACAGCCGGCCACAGAUCGGUGCUUUCCGCACGUCGCAGCCGCAGAAGGGCACGACCAUCCGCAGGGCCAGCCAGAAUUCUCGGGCGGUCGGCACCAUGAAACUUACGUUGUUCACAAUAUUAGCCCUCUGUAUAAUAGCCGUCAGCAGAUCAGCCGAAGAGGAAUAUGAUUACGAGGAGGAGGCGGCAGCACCGGUGACGCCGGCGCCGACGAAGCCAGCAGGUGGUCGGUUGGGAAGCCUUCUUUCCUCGAGAGGACGUGUCAAUGUAGCAAAUGUAGGAAAGAAAGGAAGAGCGCCAGCGGCUCAAUCGACGACGUCGAAGCCGGUAGAACAGGAGCCCGAAGAAGAUGAGGUGGAAGACGAAGACGUGCUUGAAGAAAAUGAAGAACAAGAAGCUCCUACGACAACGACCGAAUCUGCAAAGAAGCUUCGGAGCGGUGGCGUCAGACCUUUCAGAUCAAACGAGGAUCUUCUGGCUGCUUUGAAGAGGAGAAGAGCCCAAACCGGAUCUAGUAGUCACCCACGAGAAACCGCCGCCACGCAUUCCGCCGUAGAGCACACCACAGCUAAGUCGAAAGCCACCACGAAUAGUCGUGCCAAGGCCAGCACAGGUGGCGAAGCAAGAUCGACAGGACGCGGCAGGUUCGGGGGAAGAGGAAAGACUGUUCAGGAAGAAGUCGAAGAGACCCAACAGGAGGAGAUUCAAGUGAGACCCAAAACCAACUCCUACCGCAGAGGAGGUCGAUCAUAAGCCGGUUAUUAAGCCGUGAUGAGAUUUGACCAAACUCUUGUUGACUUCUUAGAAACACAAAUCGAUCGAAUUCGACGAAUUAUCGGCGCCCAGAAACCGUCUCUCUCUCUCUCUUUCUCAUUGUAAGGUUUCAAGUCUUGUUCAAACGACCUCGUCGAGUUCUCGCCGCGGGUUGAAGUUUCAAUUUCCGCGCAUCGAGACUUCCGAUAACAUAAUUAACACUAAAUAAAGGAUCGUUAUACACUUUGGGCACCAGUCAUACCGAGACACUUCGUCUUUCUCGAAGAGCUUCCUUCGUAUCUCGACGCAUGUCACUAAACUAAAAUCUAUCAAGGAACAAUUGCGCGAAGUGAAUGUAACGACUAUCACGAGAGGUGUUAAUCAGAAGGAACGAAAUAGCCGUGUCAUGUUCCCCUUUCUCACCGAAUCACAACAGACGCGUGCGUCGAACGAAGAGAUGAUAAAAAAGUGAUGUGUACAUAGCAAAAUACUGCCGUCCAUCAAAUACCUAAAUUAUCUAAUGUAUAAAUGUAAAUUAAUGUGACAAUUAAUUAAUGUGAACAAUAAAGUUUCUGGAAAGCGA